AUGGCUACCGAGAGAACCGUUGCCGUCCAGCUGACGGAAGACUGGACACUGGAAAAAGCAUACCUCGCCUUCCUCUUCCAUCCGAGCACUCAUCCAUUUCGAGAAGUCAAGAAGAACACCAAGGCUUGGCUUCAUAUUAGCCAGAAGAUCGAUGGGCAUGAUGGCAAUGAGUGGGCUAUCAUCACACCCCUCAAAACGACAUCGGAAGGACUCGUCGAGAUGUUUCCUGGCGAUCAUUCCAGGGUCGAGAUUCCGUACCAGCUUCUUCGAGCCGGACUCCGCGUCAUUAAAGAUUGGGGAACCAAAGAUAUCGAAUUCUUCCGGGUAGCACAGAAGUUCACCACAACGUACUUUAAACAAAAUGACAUGCUCAUAUGCGACGAACUGGGCGCCACUCUGCCGGAUUUAAUCACGGUCAAACUAGCCACUUUCAGUGCUCAACAUGGCUUCAAAGCAGCAUCAUCCACUUACACUAUCCACAGCAGCUACGUGGACUACGGCUAUGAGAAGGCCGAUAAUUGCGUCAACAACCGUCAUGUUGUGAAGCGAAGAGCGAGUCGGAUGAACUAG